UGCCAGCAGCACCUCGUGCCUUAGGAUGCCCGGUGGAUUUCACAAGGAUGCUCCCAUCUCCUGCAUUGUGAUCAGUGGCAAAAGUAUCCAACGGCGCUGACCGGAGCUGGGGGCUCAGCGGUGACAUACAGGGAAACCUGCUGUGCUGCAGCGUGAGCCUCCGGUCCCGCUGCUGGGCACCGCCGGGCGCAGCCCGGCUCCGUCCUCUGCGCAGCUCCCUGCGCGGACCGAUGGCCGCGCCCGGGAUCGCCCCGAGCCUCCUCUUCUGCAGGCUGAGCCGCCCCAGCUCUCCCGGAAUCCCACCCCAGCCAUUUCCCACGCGGUGCCGAGGAGGGGAGGGGACGCGGGGGGAGCGACGGGGCCGGCGCUCGCAGUGCUACGACACGGCCGUUUGCGCCGCCCCGUCCUUACCCGGCGGUGGGUACGGGGACGGGGCGGCUUAUUGGAGCUGCAGAAACGACCGCGGGCAGAAGCGCCGAGAAACGAACGGGAAACGUUUAAUCCACGAACGCACACAGCGACAAACAGAGAAACGACCGCGUUGCCAACCGGCUCCCGUACAAACGGCGACUCUGGAGGACGGCUCGGUGCCGGCGGGGGAUGGACAGGCCCCGCGCCGCCUUCCUCCGACCGCCCGGCGUCCCCGAGGCACGGGGCGGGCGGCGGCGCAGCGCCGCUUUCCCCGCACGGAGCCCUGCGGCUCCGCCGCCACUGCAGAAGGGGCCGGGCGCUGCGCGCGGGGUCCUUUCCGCCCGCUGUCGCGCCGUCAUUGCGUCAUCACCGCGCGUCCCGCAGGGCCCCGGCCCGGCUGCCCGCGGCGAUGCCUGCGGUUGUUGCGUUGCGGGAACUCAGCGCAGCCUGCAGAGAGCGGUCCGGCGGCACGGGAAGAUGGAGGCCGUGCGGUGCGAGUGCCUCAGCGGUGUGUGCAGCCCGCGAGGAGCCGAGCGGGGCCGGGAAGAGGAAGCCGUGGGAGUCCCGGGGAGGGACGCGCGAUGGCAGCGUCAGCGGCGGGCUCGGCUGCUGCCUCCUCCGCUCCUGACGCCGCGCGCUGGCGCACUUUGAGAAGCGCCCAGAAGCCGGAGCCCGCUGUCACAUCUGUGGGGUUCCACGGAACGCGCAGACGUGGGGUGAGUUGAGGUUGGAUAUCAGGACCAACUGCUGUACGGAAAGGGUUGCUGCCAGCUGCUGGUGGACCUGAAUGAGAAGAGAUUGACCCAAAACUCGAAUGAUGGUGAGUGUGCUUGUUUGCUGUGCCACGCUGUGCCAGGCAUUUGCUGCAAUCAAGUCAGCGUAGGGAGUGUAGAGGACAAUGCACGUCUGCUUUUCCUGCUUGAGAAAAUCCAACUGAAUGCCAGCUAACAGAGGAAGUAUUUUUCCAGAUAAACUCUCUGGGCAUGCUGUUCUCUCCUGGUUGAACCCAAAGGUUCCACCCAUGCAGAGGUUAUUCCUGUGCCCGUCUUCCAAAGCCCAGGCUCCAUGAAGGCACAGAUGAAGAUGCCAUCACUGACGGCUUGACCAAACUCAAUGCUUCCCAACGUCAGCGAGUUCUGAUCACCUACAAGAGCACUCCUGCAGUUCAGAGCAGUUGUUGAUGCAAGGAGGGUUGGAGCCUGAAGAGAAGUGGUGAGCAGCUCAGUUCCUUCUGUCCUCGAAGGCCGCACCUUCUGCCAGCUCCUUUCUCCUCUCUUGGCCUUCUAGGGUUUGAUCGAUGACUGGAAGUGACUUGAAGCUGAGUGGGAAUUCUGAGAGGGUGAUGAUUGGGAUGAUGACUGCCAGCACCGUGUGUGACGUGCAGAACUAAGGAGGGCUGUGAAGGUUUGGAAGUCUUCCUUUCGAAUGGCUCAAGUUCUGGCCAAGGACUUGCUGCUUUGUUAUGUAUGCCUUCUUAUUUAUUAACUCUUAAAGAAACCUGGCUGCACGUCACAAGCAGGUGCUGGUAUCUGAAAUCUUGCUUGGCGAUUCCCUAGGGAGCAGGAACAGGUGAAGGCUGCCUGAUUGAAAUUCUGGCUUCUCGCACCAGUGAAGAGAUUGGUCGCAUUGAUGAGAACUGCGAGCUUCAAGGAGCCCAAAGCACACCUGAGCUGCGUUUCGCUGUCUUUGUGAGCUGUGUUCCCUUUGAAGGACUCCAUUAUCCAUCUCCAGCACCCGUUCCUGAAUGGGGAGUUCUCAGGAGUUGCUUCCAGUAGAUGCUCUGGUGAACCGAGUCUUCUCUCCUUGGGUCCUUGCAGGGAACAGAGGUCAGUUGUCCAUCUCAACAUCCAGCGCAGGAACAACAUUUCAUUCCCACAGUGCAUAAUGCUGUGAAGGCAUCGCAGGCCGCCUGCUCGUCUCCGCUGUGCUCAGGGGCUUUGCUGAGCUGCAGGCCCAGCGCUGCAGCCCCACAGCGCAGCCUCACGUCUGGUGACGGACUGCAGCUGGAAAACCCUGGCAGCGGAGGACGCUCCUGCCCCACAGAAGGACUCGCAGCUCCAGCGCCCUCAGUGCUGGAAGGAGGCUGCGGUGCCUCCACGCGAUGGAUGCGGUCCACCCGACAGCUCGUGUGGCUCACCGUGCGAGGCCAGCAGGAAGAAAGGUGGGCACGGGAUUAUCAUGAGCUCUAGAUAUGCAGCUAAAAGAGUCUGAAAACCAGGAGUCCAAACCCUUGUCUGUGGAAGGCCCACCUAGUUACCCAGCUCCUGAGCAAAGAAAAGGAAGAAUCAAGUCUUCAGUCAGCACACACACUCCAGUCAGUCAGCUCCGCAAUAAAAGCUACCUUUUCCAUGCACCUCCA